UCCGGUUCCGGUGAAAUUGAAAGUUGGCAAAUUAACCAUUUCAUGAAUAUUUUGUAGUAAUUCAGCUUUAUAACACAUGUAUAUUGCUCAUUUGUAGAAUUUAAACAAAAAGCUCAUUUAUUCCAUUUCUUCUAAUGACCGAAACGUUUCAUUUCAUUCAGGAGCAAUGAGCUGACACCAUUGUUUGGAAACCAAACAUGUUUGACAUUUCUAAACUUAAUUGUUAUUUAUAAUUAUUGCUAUGUCUUGUCAUUUGUUGCCAUUUAUACGUCUGAAUGACGUGGUCGGUAUUCGUGACUAUUUGUUCCCAGAAUUGAAGGAUUCUUUUGACAGUAGAGAUGGGAAUAAAGCUGGCAAAGAUGUGACUCCAACAUCAGAUGGUUGGGAUGAGGAUUGGGGGGAAGAUUGGAAUGAUGAUCAGGAGGCAGAAUCAAGGGAGACUACUCCAGAAGAAGGGUCAGAAGGGGAGACAAACAAUGGAUGGAAGAAAUGGAUGCAAGAUUGUAUAAUUUCAGUAUCCCCUGCUGCUGAUUUAAUUGCCCUUGCAAAUCAAGACAGACUUGCUUUAAUGUCUCCUAAGUUUGAUGGUGAUAGUGGAAAUGAUGAUGAAACAACUGGUUAUAGUCCUGUAUGGUCUGGUUCUGUUGCUCAGGAGACAGGGGAAUAUAUAACAGCUUUGUUGUGUUUACCACUAGCAUCUCAGAAAAGAAGUACCCAGGGUGCACCAGACUGGACAUGUGUUAUUGUUGGCUUUAAGUCGGGAUAUGUACGCAUGUACACAGAGACUGGAACACUGUUACUGUCACAGAAGUUACAUACAGGAAGUGUACUUAAGUUGAAAUGUAACACUUAUGCUCCUCGUAGAUAUCUUGGCAUAGCUGAACAGCAUGAAGAGCUUCUGAUAUUAUAUACAAGAGCCCUGGUUACCAUUGAUGGUUUCAGUCUUUAUCAAGCACUAAAGGCAUGCAGGAACCAGGUGGCUAGAGCAACAGCAAGUGGUGAAGCUAGUUUACAGCCCCCUCCACUAGCUUACAAGAAGUGGGCACCACAGGAUAUGGACAGUAUUGUUGAUGUUCACACAACAGGUGUUCAUACCCCAAACCCCUUUGAUCAGAUGGUACUUGCAUCUGUAACAUCGCACACCAGCACAAUACGCCCGGCACCGCCUGCAGCAUCAGUGUACCUCAUGUCCGGUACAGGACCAUAUCUGGGAUUCUUUUUUGCCAUAGAGGGCAGUACCCAGCCAAUAUUGUCAGAAGUAGCAUUCGCUGUUGCCAGUAAAUUAAAGUCUGCCAUUAUUUCAGCAGCCAGUGGUUGGUUAAGCUUUGGUUCUAAAAGUAAACCGGAGGUGAAUGCUGAGAAACCUGUAAAGAUAGAGCCAGCCACUCCAUUAACACUAAGAUUUGGACUGCCAGAUUUAAGACGUGAGGGUUUAUCAGUAUGUUUAUCACCUAACAACACAUAUGCUGCUACUACUGAUACCUUCGGUAGAGUAAUGCUGAUUGAUACUGAUAGAGGAAUAGCUCUCAGAAUGUGGAAAGGUUAUAGAGAUGCCCAGGUUGGUUGGGUGGAGGUGAGAGAAGAUGAAGGUACUAGUCAUAAGAAACAGAGUAGGUCAGCGCAGUUCCUUGUCAUAUAUGCAGCAAGGCGAGGCAUUCUUGAGAUUUGGGUAGCAGGAAAUGGUCCUAGGAUAGCAGCAUUCAAUGUGAGCAGACAUUGCAAGUUAAUAUGUGUGACACAUGGUAUACUAGGACUGAACAACGUCACUUGUCGAGGUGUCAGAAUUAAAGCUUUCCAGGUCGGUCUCAUUGAUGCCGAUGGUAUGAUGAAAACUGUACAAGUACCAUUCCAUCUGGCUCUCAGUGAUAAAAAUAAUAAGAGAGUAAGGGACAUGCACCUACUGAAGAAAUUGAAACAAGUGCUUAAGGAAAACCAUGAGGAGUCAGAUGCAUUUGACACUCAAGUGAGAGAUUUGCUCCUGAAUAUCAAGAUUUCCAGCAUAGCUCAGCAGGGUGUGGACAAAAUAUUAUCAACAAGAUAUCUGAGUCCAAAAUUUAUGAAAGGAAUACUGAAGGCGUGUGUGCAAAGACUACAGGUCAUUGGUGAGGAACACCUAGAUAUUGAGAGACGUUUAUUUAUGCAGUACUGUCAUCUACAGGAUCAUUUGAUAGACAUAUACGUAGAUAUUGAACAAUUACAAUGCAAUACCCCUCCAAUACAGCCUGAUUCACAGUCUUUAUCAAUGUUACUUGGAUUAAGUGAAAGUGAGGUAGAACAUAUCAUCAGCCAGGUGGAACAUAGUCAAAGAAUCGGGCACACAGACCAGCCAACAGGGAGGGUGAGGUUUGAGCCAGACACAGUGUCACAUGUGUCAUCAUUCCUAGCCUGUUUCACGUGUUCACCACAUGUAGUAGAGAGUGAUGGCUCACAACAAGGAACCAGUGCUAUAACUAUAGUCAAAGACUUGCCUGAUGACAAGAAACUUCAUUUAGGUAGCUUUUUAUAUGAGUGUUGUUUCAAGUACCAGGGCUCUCCAGGAGAUCUUGGUGCUGUAUUGAGAAAAAGCAACAUUCCAAUGGAACAAUUAACUCAUCUUUUGGUAUGGACAUGGUUGAGUGAAUCAAAUAGGUCAAUAGAUGGUAUUCCUGGAUUGUUCAACUUGCUGAAAAUCUUUACAGCUAGUAUAGAUCAGUGUAAGGUAGUUGUAGAAAAGACGUUGGAAUCCCCCUGGUGGCAAAGCAUACGAGACCUGUGUAUACAUGCAUCACAUUGCCAGUCAGCUUUCCUUGCUGCUAUUGUCUCUCGAUCUGUUGCCAUGGAGAUAUCUGGCACAAUGCCAAAAAGAAGAGGCACACUAGAUGGCGCAGCAAAAGACCCAGAUGCAGACACAAUAAGUAUAACUUCAGAGACAUUGUCCCCGAUAGUGGACACUGAGCCUGUUCCAUUGGAUAUAGAACUUUGGAGUAUGUUAGCUAGGCAAUUAGAGGAUUUAAUAUGUGUAGAUUCUUUACUUAAGCUAAAACCUUCCAAAAUUAGAAGAGUUCCAAGCUCCGAUGAAUUGACGGUCAGCAUAUCAACAUUGCUAGAAGGGGGAAAAGGAUGUAUAACUGAAGUCAUUGCCCGCCAUGUGUCGAGAGUCGGAUUUCAGCCUGAAGAUUUAUACCGUCCUCUUCAGGACGAGAGUUCUAUGUCUGAGGAAACACUGCCAUCAUCAUCAUCAUCAUCAUCUACUAGUCAAGAUAAUGUCUGGGACCAGAUGGCAAUGUUACGGAAAAGAUUUCCACACAGUUUAGAGAAUGAUGUUUUAUUUAGCAAUUGUUGUUGGGAGUAUACAGUUAUAUGGAAUAAACAACCAGAGGAGGUAGAUAAUCUGAAGUCAGCUCUAGAUUUUCUGAGAUUGGUACAGAAUGCAAUGUUGAGACAAGGUGUCUGCAGUAUGAUGUGGCAUAUGUUUCUAUCUAAAAAAUUUCAUGCUGCUGCCCAUCUAAUGGAAAAGGUGGGAAAGUUUCCAAAAGACAGGUUAUGUAGAAAGGAUAUUGGUAUAGGAGAAACAAGACUUCCUCUGUUUGUAAGCUGUAUCUGUGAUUUUUUCAACAUAAUCAUGGAAGCUAACUGUGAAACUAAUGAAGUACCAGUCUUUAAUAUUGAACCACUUUGGAAUACAGUCAAAGGUACAGUGUCGCUGGUGGAGUUGGCGAUAGAUCAGAAGUCAACAAACUACGGAUUACUGAAACUACAUCAUCAGCUGGCCGUCGUGAUACAUGCUGUGAUAACAUUUAAUAUAAAAUCUAUUAAAGUUCUCUCCCUUUUUGAUUCAAAGGGGAAACAUGCACUAUUUCAAGACCUGCAUGCACAUCCCUUGCUACCUACACAGAAUGUUGAUUCUGCAAUAGGCUCUCAGAGAAAACAGUUUCUGACAAGAAUUAUAAGUCUAUCAGUGAUCAAGAUGAGAGAGUUAAUACCUGUGUCGCCAAUAUGGCCGGAUAUUGUUCUACAAUUAGCUGAGGAGUUUGGCACUGACCUUGACUUUGUCAAGAGACAUCAUGUGUGUACACUGUAUUCAGCUGGCUUUGAUAAACUUGCUGAAGAGGUGUUAGUGACAGUAAAUGACAGGGACACAUUAGGACAAGAUCUCCUGUCUAUAGUAGGACAGCGUGUUGCUCAUAAACUUAGUAAACUAGAUGCUCAAAUGGUUGUAGAACUUAUGUCCAAUGUAAACCCUGCCCUCUCUACAUGGCUUAAAUCUAUGAAUUCAGAGUUAUUGGUAUUUCCUGAUGUAGCCUGUAGUGAUAUACAAGCCCUGGUUACACAGACAUUAAAUCAACUAUCAGAAAACCAUCCACAACAUGAACUUGCUGCAUCUAUGGUUGAACUUGUUCAAGUUCUAGGUUGAAAAAUAAUUGAU